AUGUGGCCGGUGUUAGAUCACGGUUCCUUGCAUGAUGGUGCCCCCUUCGAAACAGUAGCGGGUGCCGCGGGACCAAGAAGACCAACGGGUGGCACUCCUCCCCUGAGUAGUAUUUGUGAGGAAAUUGCUCGCAAGCACCUGAAUGUUCGGCGACUGCUUGCGAACGUUCAGCGUGAUGAGGGGAAGGCAAGAUCGAUGCAGGUACGCUUGGCUACACUUCUUAAGGAGAAGAGUAGACGGGAGCAGGAGGUACAGACUGCAUUUAGUAACUUGCCCACUUUACAUGCUAUUACAGAUCUUAAACUUCGAUUACAGGCUGCUUGUGAGAGUAAACAAGACUCCGCAAAUAAAAUUAACGAUGUGGAUGCAUACUUCACGCUCAUUGCUGCUAAUGCGAAAAUGAAAUGUGAUGGCAAAGCAAGGCAAGAACAUGAAUACAUGGGGCUCAAGCGAUCUAUACGUGUUCUUCAAGGUGAAGUUGCCAAUUUGAAGCUUCAGUUGCAUGAGUUAUCCAGUAAUGUGAAGAGGAAUGCUGUAUGUAGAGACCCCCCCUAUUCCAAUGAAAAAAUGAAGAACAGCAAUAAGUGUCUGAGUGCCUCUGCUGGAAUUGAUAAAAUGAAAAGAGAAAAGAGAAUGUGGGAGGAGCGGGUACGAGAGGCGGCGGCGACCUGGCGCAUGGCAAUAACUCGGGAAGCCAAAGUGACCCGUAUUUUUGAGUCUUUGAAGAGACGAAUGGCAAGUUUGUCGCCGCCGUCAGUAAGUCCGACAAGGACUAUUAAACCGAGGAAGAGAUUCAACCCAGUCGCGGAAGAUGUCGUUGCUGAGGCGUUCAUUCCUCCAUUGGAAUCGGGAAGCUUGCUUGCCGUAUCAUUGAGUCGUCAGGCCGAAGAACCCGCCACGGAGGCUUGCUCCUGUAGCCAGGCGAAGUGUUCUUUUUUUUGGACCCCGCUAAAAAAGUGCAGUGGUCGGGAAAAAAACAAACUUUUUUUGCCAAUGAAUGACGGCAAAGGCAACAUGUACUCAAAGGAGGAAACAUUGAAGCGUCAGGUGGAAGAUUUGGAGGUGGAGUAUGCACGCGUGAAAUGCCGGGUUUCUAAACUGCGAGAGGAAAAUAAUUGUAGUUGA